ACCAGCGGCACAAGGCACAACAUGUAAAUCUUGCAGUGUAAGCGGACACUCGUCGGCGAAGAGCAAGUUAUGCAUCAAUCAUAAUCUUAGUCUACAAGAGCUUAUUGAACAAAACAUGGGUGCACUUUAUGAAAGGUAUAUAGUUUCUUUACCGCUCAAAUUGUUCGUAUCAGCAUCAUAUGAGGAUGUGUUUGAUAGUAUCAUACUUGAAAAAAUUAAGAAACUAUCUGUAUUCCUUUGGAAAGUUAUUUUUAGGGCGCAACUUUUUGUAAAUUAUUACAUCCUAAAAUACCCAGACAGCUUGUCAAAUGACUUCUUCCAGCAAAAUUUUUGGUGUUCUGUGUGUCGACUUGUAAAUAAGAACAUGACAAUUGAUGAUUUUAAACAAAAAUACUCUUCGGGCAUUCCUUGUCUUGGAGAAACAUGGAAUGAACUCAACGAUCUUGAAGGCGUUAGUAUGAUAGUGGACAAGGAAGGUCUGUCCAACUAUGGGCAAGUUUUGUCUACAGCAUGUGAAAUUGUUGCAAUAUGUUACAAUAAUUUCUACGUUGAAAAUUUCGAAACUAUUAUUUCAAACUAUUUAUAUACAUGGUCCUUGUUGCGUUUCCUGUAAGUGAAAAUUUGAAAUACGGCUAUUUUUACGGUAAAAAAUUGAUAUUAACUCUUGAUACCGAAGACUUACGAAUGCCCGUGAUAAAAUACAUUAUAUACAACCAUAUGUUGAAUGUAGUGUUUUUCUAACGAGUCAGCGACUAUGAUGUUUACCAACAUUUCCAGUUCUUUGAACGAUCAAACCCAAGACCGCAUCCGUGCUUUUCUAAACCCGCUAAUUGUCGAGAUCAGGAAUCGACUGCCGUCACUUC